AUGAGGAGAGAUGAGUUUGGAACCACAGCUCAGCUGGAUGAAGAACUGGAGGAGGAAUUCCUGGUGGAGAUUUCUGGCACCACGGUGACCGUCACAUGUCCCGUGGAUGAAGACGAGGACAUCCAGUGGGAGCUGUCUGGGAAAACCCAGGACACCAAGAGCAGGAAGUUCACUAUAAAGGACCACGACAGCUCCCCUGCCAACCUCAGCUGCUCCUCUGGUAACACAAAGCAUCAGCUGUACCUGAAUGCCAAAGUUUGUGCCACCUGCGAGGAGCUGGACGCCCUGAUCGUGGCAGGGAUCAUCACUGCAGACCUCCUCAUCACCCUGGGCGUGCUCAUCCUGGUCUAUUACUUCAGCAAAGGCAGGAAGGGACGAGCCAGCUCUGCUGGGGACAGCCGGCCACGAGGUCCGAAGAUGCAGCGGCCUCCCCCUGUCCCCAACCCGGACUAUGAGCCCAUCCGGAAGGGGCAGCGGGAGGUGUACGCAGGCCUGGCCCCCAGGGCCAUCUGAAACUCCUCUGAUGGCAGCCUGGACCAGCAGCUCGGGAUGAAACGCUUCUGCCCACCUUGUCCCAGCUCUCUGCAGCUCUGCUGAGCCUCUGGCAUUCUGGCCACAGGACAGGGAUGGGCUGUCCCACCCUGGGGUGUGCUUGGGUUUGCCAGCCCGGAGCAGAAAUGAGCACAUUGGCACGAGAUUUCCUUCUCAUUAAAGGACUGCAGCCUCA